CACUUGUAACAUCGUAGAUUAUCGUGUUGUCUCUUUGCUUAGCUAUUUGUUCUUAUUCUUUUACUUUCUACUAAUUACCUCCAAAAAAUAGCCAUUUAACGAACUUUCCGUUGAACAUAUUUAUCACCAUUUCAUCCUUUCAUAGACGACAACUUAUAGACAAAAAUGACUUCCGCUUCCAAGCACAACAGAUACGCCAGAAAGGCCCACUACGCCCCUAAGAGCAGAAAAGGUGGCUACAGAAGAUACUACCACGAGCAACCAUCCAAAAAGGUUGUGUUUGUGGAAGAACCAGACAGCGAGGAAGAAUCUGAAACAGAAGAUGAAGUUGAUAUCCCUGCCUACGAUUCUGAACCAGAUUCUGAAGAAGAUGAAGAAGUUUACGAAUUUGGUCUCAACGAAAACAACGACGACUCCGACGAUGACUCUGAGGAUUCAGAAGACUCAGAAGACUCAGAAGACUCAGAAGACUCAGAAGACUCAGAAGACUCAGAAGACUCAGACUCCGAAGAAGAAGUCGUUUACUACCUUCUUGAUUCCGAUGUCUCAGAUAUCGAAAUUGACUCUGACAUUGAAUUGGUGGAUUUGAACGACGAAUUAGAAAACCAAGCUAUUGAAUACUUGGACAACGAAGGCAGAGUGCUUGACUUGAACGAUGAAUUAGUCAGAUACUACGACAAUGAAGUAUCUUCUGAAGACGACUCUGAAGACUCCUCCGAAGAUGACUCUGAAGAUGACUCUGUCUCCGACUCGGACUUGGAACCAGAAGACAUAUUGGACAUCAUUGACUUGAACGACCAAUUGCAGGCUGAAGCUUUGAGACAGAUCGCUGGUGCUGAAUCUGAACAAUCUGACUCCGACGAAGAAUCGUCUGAAGAUGAAUCUUUGCACUACAAUUCCGACGAAGAAGAAUUAAGAGACCAACUACAAUUGGAAAACGUUAGACAAACUUUCGAAGAAGGUUUGGUCAGUGACGAUGAAAUCGAAUUGUCUGAAGAUGAAGACUCUGAAUUAGGUUCUGAACCAGAAUACUUUGAAAUUGACUCUGACAUUGAAAUUGAAUCUUCUGAUGAAGAAAACUACGAUGCUGGUGAUCCAGUCAACUACGAAUACUACGAAUACUCCGACUCCUCUGAUUCUUCCGAUGAAGAAGGUAUCACUAUCUACAGACACAGAUUCGACCUUCCAGGUAACGAAAGUGCUGAAGACUCUACCGAUGAAGAGUUGCUUGAUUCUGAAUCUGAUGAAGAUCUCUACGACAGCGACGGUUAUUUGCAAGCCGAAGACAGUGAAGACGAGAUUGAGGUCAUCGACUUGUCAGGCGACUUAGAAAACAGCAAGGACUGUGAAAUUGUUGAAUUAGACGACAACACCUACAAAUUGAACUUGAGAUUUCCAUCUUUGGUCAAGGAUGAAUUGAAAAUUGACUUCUUGAAAAACGAAAAUGAAUUAAUAAUUACUGGUAAGUUCAACUUCACUGACGUUGACGACUCUGACAUCGAGGAAAUUGAAAUCGAAAACGAAAAGGAGGAAGAAGAUGAAGAUGAUGACGAAGAAGGUCCAGUUGAAGUUGAAGUUCACCUUGAAGAAGUUAACGAUGACGAAGAGGCUAAGGAAAAUGAAGAAGCCGAAAAUGAAGAAGAAAGCGAAGCCGAAGAGGAUGAGGAAGAGGAAGAAGAAGCAGAUGAAAAAGAUGACGAUAGCGAUGAGGAGGACGUCGAAGAAGUUGACGAAGAAGAAGAUGACGAUGACUACGAAUUGCAAGAGACAUCUGCCAUCAAUGACAGCUUCGAAUGGUCCGGUUUUGAAGGCGAGGACGACGAGGACUUAGAUCUCGAAAGUGACCACGAAGAGGACGAAGAAGUGCAAGAAGAUACUCAAUCCCUUAUCAAGGACUUCAAGAACCACGAAAUAAGAUUUGAAAAGCACUUCCAAUUCGACAAGAUUGUCCACUUUGAUCAAAUCCAAGCCAGAUUCAUCAACGACGACGAAUUGGAAUUGAUAAUACCAAAUGAAGGUGCUCCAAUCUCCAAGAGUGACAACUUAGUAUCGAUUGCUAUUGAACCAUUCAAAAAUGACGACGACAGCACAACUGAGGAAUACGACGAAUCCCCAGCUAAAGAAGCAGACGAAGAAUUCCAAGAUGCUUCUAUGGAACAAUAGAUUCACUUUCUGAACUUUUUUUUGCAUUUUCUGAGAAUCAUGAGAUAUUCACAAAAACACCACUUUGCGUUUCGAUCGCUUCCAAUUUUCCAAUCUGUAUAAUAUUUAGAAAUUUAAUUAAAUCUUGGUUACAC